AACGUCUUCAUGAACGAUUACCACGUAUGUCAAGUGUACCACAUCGUGUUAAAAUUGUUGAUGAACGUGAUACAACUGGUAAACCUGAUGAACGUACAUUAUUACAAAUGAAACAUAAACGUGCUUUAUCAUUAAUAAACAAACGUCGUCAUGUAAUUAUUAAAAUGAUUACACAAACUAAAAAAAAUCAAACUAAAAUGGAACAACAAUGGAAACGAACUCCAAUAGCUCUCGAUAGUGCUGCUUGUUGUCGAGAAUUACUUGAAAGAGCUAAUCAAAUUAAACAAGUUUAUGAUGAUGAUGAUGAAGAAGAAGAAGAAGAAGUAAUCAGACGACCUCAAACAGCAUUUGUUUCACGUAGAACACCCAAUAAAAGUAUUUCUUCGUCUAUUUCUUCUGUCACAACUACAAAAAGUAUAAAUACAACACCUUCAUUUUCAACAUCUUCGACACCAUUUCAAGAUGCUCUUUCUAUAGAACAUGUGAGAAAAACAAAAAACGUUCGUAUUAUUCUACCAACACGUCCACUUACAGCACCUACUAAAGUUAAUUGGGUUAAUUAUUGUUAA